CUUGCUUACUCAAGGAAGCAAUAGUUACUAGCUAAGCUAGUUAAAAUGAUCACAAUUCCGUAUUCAGCUGCAUUUUCUACUUACUUCUGCUAUGUAUCCGGGUUCAUAUAUGGUCAGCUGCUUGAUUUCUUACGUAAUCUGGUUGAUUGGUGGAAUGCUACCAAUCUUGAUCAGGGUUAUGCACCAAUAUUGUUAGGACUUGAAGGUUUUUACGUUCGUCACUUCUAUCUCCGUAUGCAGGAUUGUUUUGGACGACCUAUAUCAAGCCCUCCUGAUGCUUGGUUUGAUAUGGUGGAGCGCGUUUCCAACAAUAAGAACAAGACUCUAAAGCGGACUACAAAAGUAAGCAGGUGUCUUAACUUGGGCUCGUACAACUACCUUGGAUUUGCCUCAACAGAUGAAUUCUGCACGCCCCGUGUAAUUGAGUCUUUGAAGAAAUACUCUGUAAGCACAUGCAGUACUGGUGCUGAUGGAGGCAUGACGGCCCUGCAUACUGAACUGGAAAAGGCGGUGGCUGAUUUUGUUGGAAAACUGGCAGCUAUAGUUACUGGCAUGGGUUAUGUCACUAAUUCUGCUAUCCUUCCUGUCUUAAUUGGAAAAGGAGGGUUGAUUAUUAGUGAUUCUCUGAACCAUAACUCUAUAAUAAAUGGUGCUCGAGGGUCAGGUGCUACGAUUAAAGUAUUUCAGCAUAACACGCCAUCUCAUUUGGAGAAUCUAUUGAGAGAAAGCAUUAUUAAUGGACAACUGAGAACGCAUAGACCUUGGAAGAAAAUCAUUGUUGUCGUGGAGGGGAUAUAUAGUAUGGAAGGGGAAAUUUGCAAGCUUCCUGAAAUUGUUUCCAUUUGUAAAAUAUACAAGGCAUAUGUGUAUUUGGAUGAGGCUCACAGUAUUGGAACAAUUGGGAAAACAGGCAGAGGUGUCUGCGAGCUUUUAGAUGUAGAUACUGCAGAUGUUGAUAUAAUGAUGGGAACUUUCACAAAAUCAUUUGGAUCAUGCGGUGGUUAUAUAGCAGGAUCAAAGGAACUUAUUCAAUAUUUGAAAUAUACUUGUCCUGCUCAUCUAUAUGCGACGUCCAUGUCACUUCCUGCUGCACAACAAAUUAUAUCUUCCAUAAAAGUUAUUCUUGGAGAGGAUGGCUCUAGUCGAGGUGCUCAGAAGCUUGCUAAAGUCUGCGAGAACAGCAACUAUUUUAGAUCAGAGCUUCAGAAACUGGGCUUUGUGGUUUUAGGGGAUUAUGACUCACCCGUUAUACCUAUAAUGCUUUACAAUCCUACAAAAAUCCCUGCUUUUUCAAGAGAAUGUCUCAAAUGGAACGUAGCUGUUGUCGUCGUAUCUUUUCCGGUCACCCCUCCACUGUUGGCUAGAGCCCGUAUAUGCAUUUCUGCUGCUCAUACACACGACGACAUGGUCAAAGCCUUGGAGGUUAUAAGUAAAGUUGGUGACAUGGUUGGCAUAAAGUAUUUUCCAGCUGAACUUAAGAAGCCACAACUUGAAGAAAGCAGAGUUACAAUGGAGUAGAAGAUUGGAUUUUGGGUAAUCGGUUCAGGGAAAGCCAUCAAAGUCCCUUAAUGAAGCCUCAUAUAGUUGUUAAAGUGCCUUAUGAGUAUGCAUUCCUAAUGUGUACCUCUUCAGUGUUUAAUACAUUAUCGAUUGUAUUUUUU